AUGGCCGACGCCGCGCCGUCCAUCCCGGGCGCCAUCGCUUCCCUCCAGGCCUACUCCACGGCCCUCUCCGCCUUCACCGCCGCAUGGCGUGCCGUCGAGACCCACGCCUCCAGCCUUGACUCCACCCUCGCCGCCCGCUUAGCCGGCUUCUCCGAGCUCGAGCUGAUCUGCUCGGCGAUGGACGGCGCCGGCCUCCUCGCGUACCUCACCGAGCACAGGGACGAUCUCAAGGAGCCCGCGCGCGCCCUCAACGCCGCCCUCCAGGAGGCCAAGAACGACGGUAGCGUCAAGGCGUCCUGCCGCCUGCUCAUGGCCUUGCUCGACCGGCUGCGCGCGAUUGGGUUCAAGCCGUCGCCUGAGGCACGCGAGGAGGCCAGAGCUGUCGCGGCGGACUGGAAGCGAGGCAAGCGGAUCGGGACGGAGGUGAUGUUUAAGCAGGAGACGUUCGCCUUCUUGCAUCUCGUGGGAGUGUUUGGGCUCGUGGAGGAUGUGGGCGGUACCGGCGAGGUGCUUGAUCUAGUCGUGUCCAUCUCUGGUCGUGAGCGCGCCGUUGAGGCGUUCGUUGUCCUUGGCCUGGACCUCGACCAGCAUAUGCCAAUCCUCAUUCAGAAAAUGGUAAACAAAAGCAAACAGCUAGAGGCAGUCAAAUUCAUUCAAGCUCUUAAUAUAGCGCACAAAUACCCUUUGUUGCCUAUUAUGAGAUCGUACAUUGAUCAUGCUGCAGUUGCUGGUAAGAUGAUCCGCAUCAGGGGAGAUGAUCUUGCUACUCAGACCGCAGCUGAUGCAAAAGAGCGCACACUUCUUGGAACAUUGCAGAAGUUCAUUAAGGAACAGAAGCUAGAAGAACUGCCUAUUUUUGAAGAAGCUAACAAGCGAAUGGCACAUUUGGAUCAGCAAAGUGCUGAGAGAAAAGAACUGCUGCAGCGGCGUGCUGCGGCUGCCCAAAAGCCACAGCAGAGCAUUCUUAAAGUUGGAGUGUCAAAUCCGUAUCAAGCUGCUUUAACCCAGAAUGUACUGCCAGCGAUCACAAAGAUUUCACAGGUAGUUGCUGGGAGCCAUCGUCCAGUUGGCAUCCAAAAUCAGGCCCUUGCUGUUCCGCCUCAAUAUGGUAGUGGUAGCUUGGCAAAUUAUUAUGGAGUGACAUCCACCGGGCCAUACAGGUCCAACACUCUAGCUCCUGGACCUGGUGCUUUGAAUGGUCCAAGUGCGCAGGCAUCAUCAAGAUCAAAGCUCUAUUCUGGAGAUCCCCUCGCGGCUGUCUCCCGAUCAUCAGAUAAGAAGGGGUCAUCUUACAAAUAUUCUUUGUCCAGUAUGUCAACUUAUGAUCAUGAAUGA